AUGGGUCUGGACUGGGACGGCGAGGAGGAGCCCGAGCCCAUGCCGCCCGCCCCGGGCCGUACGCCGAGCGGCGGCGGCAGCAGCGGCGUCGGGGCAGCCCCGGGGGGAGCCGCGGCGACGGCCCCGGGGGGCGGCGGCGGCGGCCCCGGGGGGGCGGCGGAGGACGCGGAGCUGGAGGCGGCCCUGCUGCUGCAGCGGCCCGAGCGGGCGCGGCUGAGCGAGAACACGCGGCUGGCCACCCGCUACGCCGUGCGCAUCUUCCGCGAGUACCUGAGCGAGAAGGCGCAGAGCCCGGACUUCGAGACCAUGGACAAGGGGGCGCUGUGCCGGGUGUUGCGCUCCUUCUACGCCGAGGCACGCUCCAAGAGCGGACAGCUCUAUUCCAAGUCGUCCCUCAUCAGCAUCCGCAGUUCCCUCAACCGCUACCUCAACGAGCCGCCCUACUGCCGCACCCUCGACCUCACCAAGGACCCCGAGCUGCGUGCCGCCAACCUGACGCUGGCUGCCGUCAUCCGCAAGCUGGAGGAGCAGGGUGCGGGGCCGGUGGUGCAGAAGCAGGCCAUCACGCGCGCCGACCUCCGCAAGCUCUACACCUGCAGCGUCUUCAGCACGCAGAGCCCCUUCGGGCUCCUCAACAAGGUCUGGUUUGAGACCUGCAUGUACUUCUGCACGCGGGGCCGGGAGAACCAGCGGGAGCUGGAGGAGGACUCCUUCGGGCUGGCGGUGGACGAGGAUGGCCGCAAGUUCGUCUACUUCAAAGCACUGGGGCCCUACCACAAGUCGCGCUCGUCCUCCUGGAGCAAGAAGCGGGCGGAGAGCAGUGACGAGGAGAACCUGCCCCGCAUGUACGAGACUGGCACUGAGUUCUGCCCCUACGCCAGCUUCGUCAAGUACCUCUCCAAGCGCAACCCCCUGUGCAAAGCCUUUUUCCAGCGCCCGCGGGACCACUGCAGCGAGGGCGACGUCACCUGGUACGAGAACAAGGCCAUCGGCAAGAACCUGUUGGGCACCCGCAUGCAGAUGCUCUCCAAGGCGGCCAAGCUCUCCAAGACCUACACCAAUCACUGCAUCGGCGCCGUCUCCAUUGCCACCCUCAACAGCAUCGCCGGCAUAGGCACCAAGCUGGGGGGGCCACCGCCGCCCCAUCACCACCCCCCUCCCCAUCACCACCACCACCACCACCACCUCCUCCACCACCCCGCUGGCGGGACCUGCUAUGCUUCCGCUGCCCUCAACGGUGGGCCGAGGCCCCGGCCGCCCACCGCCAACCCGUACGUGCUGCCCAAAGACGGUGACGCCGCGCCAGUGAAGGCGGAAGCAGCCGCGGUGGCCCCGGCCAAACGAGCCCUCUACGAGGCAGUGUUCCCAGCAGGGGCCGCGGCCGGCGGUGAGGCCUGCGGGUCCUCAGCCUCCCCCAAAAGACUGUGCCGCCGCCCCGCCGAGCCCCCAGACGCCGCCGCCGUGCCUGCCGUGGUGGUGGUCUCAGUGAAACAUGACCCCCUGCCUCACCUCCUGCCCGAAGCCAACGGGCACAGAAGCACCACCUCACCCACUGUAGUAUCACCUGCUCUUGUUUCCCCCACACAGGUCUGAUCAACUCAGAUGAAGUUCCAGUAAGACUUAUUGUGCCAAGGAAAUUCAACCAUGUUCUCUCCAGCUCUUGCAGCACUUCACAGGCUGGUGUGCCCAGCCGUGCCUGCAUCCAGUGGAGGAGGCUGUGAGAGUAGCAUGUAGGAUAUGGAGCAAGGGA